AUGUCGUUUUUGAGGCCAAUUUUGAAAUCAGGAAUAGUGAAAGAAUUAGUGUUUCAAAGAUAUGUGGCCACAACAUGUCAGUUGAGAAGUGAUGUGAAGUAUGUUGCUGAAGUAAUUGAAACUCCUAAGAUUACCAUUGAAGAAAAGGAUAAUAUUUCUUCAAUUAGUGGAAUCCCAGAGGAACAGUUGAAUAAUCGUCAAGUUAGGAUUUUCAGUCCAGCAAAGAAUGCCAUGCAGUCGGGGACAUUCAAGACCAACAAGUGGUUCAUGGAGUUUAAUACACAAGAAAGAUGGGAAAAUCCAUUGAUGGGCUGGUGUUCAACUGCUGAUCCACUCGCACAAAUUCGACUUUCAUUUUCUACUAAAGAAGAUGCCAUUGCUUUCUGUGAGAAAAAUAAUUGGAGGUAUUCUGUCGAAGAGAAGCACAGCUUAAAUUUGAGACCGAAGGUUUAUGGUGACAAUUUUUCAUGGAACAAGAAGACUAGAGUUUCAACAAAAUAA